AUGGAUUGUGAGAAGGUACUGGGGGAAAGAGAUGAUGUCACAAAACAAUCUGUUACUGGCAUGCUGGAAACAGAAGAUGUCAAGAAAGAAUCUGUUACUGACAGGCCGGGAACAAAUGAUGGAAAAAAACAAUCUGUUCCUCACAUGCUGGAACCAACUGCUGUCAAGAAACCAUCUUGUUCUGACAAGCGGAAAAGAGGUGAUGUUAAGAAAUGCAGUGGAAUUGAGUCUUGCAAGUGUGUUGAAUGUGGGAAAGAAUUUACACGAUCACGUUACCUUCAGAGACACAUGAAGGUUCACACUGGAACCAAGCCUUAUGAGUGUGUUGUAUGUGGAAAACAAUUUUCAGAAUCAAGUAACUUGCAGAGACAUAUGAGGACUCACAGUGGAAUCCAGCCAUAUCAGUGUGUUGAAUGUGGAAAAGGAUUUACGGAGUCGGGUAAUCUUCAGAAACACAUAAGGAUUCACACUGGAUUCAAGCCUUAUCAGUGUGGAGAAUGUGGGAAGGGAUUUACAGAGUCAGGUAACCUGGAGAAACACAUGAGGAUUCACAGUGGCAUCAAACCUUAUAAGUGCGUUGAAUGUGGGAAAGAAUUUACACGAUCAUUUCAUCUCAAGUCCCAUGUAAGGACUCACAGUGGAGUGAAACCUUUUCAGUGUGCUGAAUGUGGGAAGACAUUUGUACAAUCAUGUCACCUCCGGAGACACAUGAUGAUUCACACUGAAAUAAAACCUUAUCAGUGUGCUGAAUGUGGGAAAGGAUUUACAGAAUCAGAUAGCCUGGAGAUACACAUGAGGAUUCACAGUGGAUUAAAGCCUUAUCGAUGUGCUGAGUGUGGGAAAGAAUUUACACGAUCAUUUCACCUAAAGUCACAUGCAAGGAUUCACAGUGGCAUCAAACCAUAUCAGUGUGAGGAAUGUGGGAAAACUUUUACACAAUCAUGUCACUUGCGGAGACACAUGAAGAGUCAUAGUGGAAUGAAACCUUAUAAGUGUACUGAAUGUGGGAAAACAUUCAAAUCAUCAGGUAGUCUGAAAACACACAUGAAGAAACACAAUGGGAUCAAAGCUUCUGAGCAGGCACAGGAACAUUGA